AGCUACAUCCCCAUCUCCACCUAAACUUUUCGCGACGGGAAUCAGGAACAUGCCACGCCCUACAGCAAACAUCUAAUCGCCACGCGACAAGUCCACGCCCAACACUUGAUCACCCCGUGACCGGACUCGAACAUCACGCAUCCCCGUACCACAAUGGCAAACUCCGAGACAGCGCCCGACGGCGCAUCCCUCUCCGCGAUGGCCCAACCGCCGCCCCAAAAGAUCGACCCCGUCUACUACACAUGGAGCAGCACCUUCAACAUAAUGCUCGGCCGCAUGACAGGCUCCCGCGACGUCGAACUAGAAAAAGGCUACUUCAACGAGAUGGACAAGAUAAAAGCCGACUCGAUAUGCAAGCGCUGCGAGUCGAACAAGGAAUACCUCUUGAAAUACAGUCCCAUCAUACGCUUCAUGUCGGACGAAGUAUACAAGCUAGGCGGCGACCUGAACAAAGACAACAUACUCUGUCGCAUGUGCACAAACGAGCAAUCCGGUGGUUUCUCCCUCGACCACGGCAUCCUGCUCUGCGCAAACAAGUUCCGUAAUCGCGGGCACCAGGAAGACACCAUGGCGCAUGAAAUGGUGCAUGCGUGGGAUCACUUGAAGUUCAAAGUUGAACCCGAGAACCUGCGCCACCAGGCUUGUCUAGAGAUUCGCGCAUCCACACUCAGCGGCGAAUGUCGAUUUUCAAGAGAGUUCUUCACUCGGAAUCAAUGGAAUAUCAUGGAGCAAUUACAAAGUUGUGUUAGGAGGAGGGCGACGCUGAGUAUGAUGGCGAGGCCUGGGAUAAAGGAUCAAGAGCAUGCUGGCAAAGUGGUGAACGAGGUGUGGGAGAGUUGUUUCCGGGAUACCAGGCCAUUCGAUGAGGUUUAUCGAUGAUCUUGAGAGGAAUGAGAUGUCAUUGGUCGGUUCAUUUAACAUGUACCUGAAGAAGUGGGUAUUCAGUGUAUUAUUACCCUUGUGUUUGCAUAGCGAUGG